AUGACAUCUUUUUCGAGCUCAGUAAUAAUAAUUCUCUUGAUUGCUCUAUUAAUAGCAACAGAUCUAGCAACGUCCCAUUAUAUAAUCCCAAGAAAAAAACCAAAACCUCGAUAUACGCCCCUGACCCAUGAAAUAACCUUCAAUGUCGGAAGAAAGGUCUUAGAUCCAGAUGGAUUCUUCCGUCGCGUAUGGACAGUUAAUGGUCAAUUUCCUGGACAAGAAAUUCACGCUUUUCAAAAUGAUCGAUUGAAAGUUCAUGUUAUUAAUAAUCUUGGUGAUGAGGCAACUGCUUUCCAUUGGCAUGGAAUUUUUCAAACUGGCACUCCUUGGUAUGACGGAGUCCCAGGUGGUACGCAGUGCCCAAUUCCAGCUGGUGAAGAAUUUACUUAUGAUUUUCAAUUACUCCAGUCAGGAACGUAUUGGUGGCAUUCACAUUAUUUUGCACAAUAUGUUGAUGGACUAGCUGGACCUCUUAUAAUUGAUGAUCCUCAAGAUCCUUAUUUUCAAGCAUACGAUGAAGAGUUCAUCGUAACAUUGCACGACUGGUACCAUACUGAGAGCUCCGAAUUGAUAAAGAAUCUCAUGAAACCUCUUCAAGCAGGAUAUGCUGAACCUGUACCAGACUCCGGUUUGAUUAAUGGAAGAAACAAUUAUAAUUGCAAAUUAGCACCAGUUGGAACUAAAUGCAUUCCAAACAAUAGUCUUUCGACAUUCGUAUUUCAGCAAGGGAAAAGAUAUCGUAUUAGGAUUAUCAAUAUGAGUGCCGACGAUAGCUUUGAUUUCUCAAUAGACGAACAUCUAUUAGAAGUUAUGGAAGUUGACGGAGUUUUGACCAAAUCCAAGCAAGUAACUACUCUCUCAAUCGAUGCUGGCCAACGAUAUUCGGUAAUCGUAAAAGCCGACCAAAUUAUAAAAAAUUUUUGGAUGCGUGCUGAAAUGGGCAUCGACAGCACAGAUAAAGGUGUAAAUCCUCACAUUCGAGCAAUCGUGCAUUACGAAGGAGCAUCUUUCGACAAACCUACAACACAAGAUUGGGUAAAUAAAACAGAUUUGGAUCCUAUGACACUUCAACCAUAUUUUAGCGACCCUGUGCCGUCUCCAGUAGGAACGCAGUUCAUUUUGACGAUUGAUAUAAGACUGGAUGCUAACAAUUACACGAAAGGUUUUGUAAAUAAUUCCACUUUCAAACUUGAUCUUGAUAAUCCUUCACUUGACCGGGCUAUCCGUAAUUUGUCGAUUGAUGGGCCAAAUGCAAAUGUUUAUACUUUUGAUAAACCUGGAGAAGUUGUUCAAGUCAUUUUGCAAAAUGUACAUGACGAAGACCAUCCUUUUCAUAUGCAUGGCCACCACUUCUGGAUUCUUGGAACUGGUGAAGGACUUUUUGAUAAAAAUAAUGCGACGCUGAAUCUAAUAGACCCAAUAAAACGCGAUACUCAAGAUGUACCUGCUAAAGGAUGGCUAGUGAUUCGAUUCGUCGCUGAUAAUCCAGGUGUUUGGACAUUCCAUUGUCAUCUUGAAUGGCAUCUUGAAGAGGGUCUAUCGUUGCAAUUUCUGGAAUUACCCACUAUAUUAAAAACUUUUAAGCAGCCAGAAACUGUAACAAGUCUUUGCAAGUCUAAUUCUAAUAGUACGAACGCACCCACCACAACUUAUUAA